AUGGAAGAACACCUCCCCCAACAGUGUACAACCCCUGCCGGUGCACCAAACCCUAGCCCCCUCUUCGGCGGCGUAGACUUAAUCAGCUCUUUACCGGACGAGAUCCUCCACCAUAUUUUCUCCUUUGUUCCGACCAAACUAGCCAUCACAACUAGCGUCUUGUCCAAACGAUGGAGGCAUCUAUGGUGCGAGACACCUUAUCUCUCUUUUCCUACUUCUAAAGACUAUAUUGAAUCGAUUCUCAAAACCCUAGCCAGCCACUCAGCCGCCAAAAUCAUGAGAUUCCAUCUCUAUGUUAAUAGGGAAACCUGCGUAGCAAGCCAAAGCAAUGACCACGUUGAUAGCUUGAUCAAGUUUGCAUUAUCCCACAACGUGGAGGAGCUUUCUUUGGUAUUCGCUCCUUAUUAUACUUUUCCAGAUGUCCACAACAAUUUCUUCCUCGGAAAAUCAUGGACAUCACUACGGAAAUUAUCUUUGUGGCGCUCUAUAUGCUCUGAUGAAUCAUUUGCUAAGAUUCUUAUUGGUUCUCCGAUGCUGGAAAGCUUGACAUUGCAGUCGUGUACACUUCGUUGCAUUGAUCUGAGUGAAUCACUACGCCUUAGAAGAUUGGAUAUAGAACGCGCCAGUUUUGCUCCACACGAAUUUCAUAUCGUGGCUCCUCAUAUCCAUUACUUGAGAUUGAUAGAUUUUAGGACAAAGUGUGUUUUGUCCGAUGUCCCCUCUUUAACUGAAGCUAACGUAGACACUGCCUAUUACUUACCUAGAUUCUGGUGUAUUCAACUUGAUCCCUCGAAGGAUGAGGAUUAUCAAGUGAUGAUGCAAACGAUAGAAAAGUUGCAGAACGUAGAGAAUCUUACUGUUGGGCUUAGCUUUCUUCAGAUGCUAUCUAUUGCCGAGUUCCGUGGUGUUUCUUUCCCGAUUUUUAAGGUCAAAACGUUGACUCUUAAAACAACAAUUUUGCGAUCUGCGAUUCUUGGUAUAGCAAAGCUGCUACAAAACUCACCUGGAUUAAAGAAGAUAACUUUUUACAAAACUGAAGAUUGGAACAGCGCAGUGGAGAAAUAUGUUAAUAAGUACGUGAACCCACAAGAUCCACAACACUUGAUCUUUCCGGCUGGGUCAGUGUUUGAAGUUGCAAGGCCGGAUCUCGUGGCUUCGUUCAUUGAGCUUUUGCUGGCAAACACAAGAACACUGGAGACAUUGGUUGUCCACUUGGGGAGUUACCUUAACAGACCAGGGUUUGAGGAGCUGUCUCAAAUCGCUCUUACACUUUCUCACAAAAACAAGGUCUCAAUUGUGCUGAAAUAA